CUUGUCUUCGACAUUCAUCUCGAAAGGAUAAUGCAAUACAUUUCAAAUGGAUUUGCCUUGUGUAGAUCCGUAUUCCUACGCAAAUCCAGGUAUUGCUAGGGUAGUUCAUAUUCAUUUAAACUUAUUCGUCGACUUUGAUGAAACAAUCCUUCGCGGUAUGGCAACUUUAUUUAUAGAAAUGGAACCUGAAUAUAAUGAAAUAAUUUUAGAUAUCUACCAACUCAAUGAAGAUAAGAUGGAUGUCUCAGAAUACUUCAGUAGUGAUAAAUUAAAAUAUGACGUUAAACAAACUCACCGUAGUGUUGAAAGUGAAUUUGUUAUUAUUCAGAUACCGCAGAAAUAUAGAGGUCAUUUCACUGAAUUUAAAUAUAAAUAUUACAAAAGACCAUAUCAAAUUAAGUAUAAUUGUAUAAUUAAGAUUAUAUAUGAAACACGUAAAGAUUCUCCUGCAAUGUAUUGGUUAAGAAGUGAUCAAACUUCUGAUGGCUCUCAUCCUUUUUUAAUAACUAACAACAAGUUUACAUACGCCAGAGGAAUAUUUCCCUGUCAAGAUUCACCAUCUAUCAGAUUUACAUUCGCCGCGGAGAUUUUUGUACCAAAUAAUAUCAAUUCCGUUAUAAUAUGUGGGAGGACAUGUAAACGUAUAACAGAAGAUGGAUGCCUACACAAAUUCACGUUUUAUGAAACGUUUCCGAUGCCAGCAUAUGCAAUGAUUAUUGUAGUUGGUUCAUUAGAAACCAUACACCUUGAUUUACAACAUAACGUCAGUUUGUGGGCCGAAAAAAAAUAUAUUGAGCAAAGUAAAUCAUGUUUCGCAAAUUUCCAUCAUAUUCUUACUAUUGCCAAAGAAUUGUGUGGUCCUCUAUAUAGACGUAAAUUGAGAGAGGAUGUACGUCAAUACAAUAUAUGUGUACUUCCACCAAAUAUCCCAGAAAUUGAACUACAAUGUUUUUCGAUGAUAUAUGUGUCAUCAACUUUACUUAAUGAAGAUUUCUUUUGGAUAUUCUGUACGGUUGCUAAAAAAGUUGCUCAGAAUUGGGCAGGAGUUUUACCGGUUGCAAAACUAUGGUGGCUACAUCGUAUGUUUCCACUUGACGAGCAAACUUGUGGAAAUCGGUAA